AUGGCUUUACAUUUUCACCUCUCAAUCCUUUCUAUUGCAGCUUUGGCUCUAUGCAUUUCAGCAGAAUACAGUUCUGUUAAUUUUAGUUAUAUUGGUCCAAAUGGUCCUGAGAAAUGGGGAAGCUUGAGUCCAGCUUAUGCAGCAUGUUCAAAUGGGAGAGUUCAGAGUCCUGUGGAUCUUGUUUACACAGAUAUUGUUCUCAACAACCAAUUGGAAUCAUUAGAUAGAAACUACAUUCCUACAAAUGCAACACUUGUUAACAAUCAAUUCAACAUUGAGGUGCAUUUUGAAGGAAAAGUGGGAGAUAUUCAUAUUAAUGGAAAAAAUUAUUCAUUAAGACAACUUCACUGGCAUGCUCCUGCAGAGCACCGAGCUCAUGGUCGUAUACAUGUUGUAGAGCUCCACUUAGUUCACCUCACAGAAGAUAACAACAACAUAGCAGUUUUAGCAAUACUCUAUAAUUUGGGUGAUCCUGAUCCUCUAAUCUCUAAGAUAGAAGACAAGUUGAAUGAGCUAAAAACUCAAAGUCGUGCAGGAAACAAAAAUGCCAAAAUUUCCCUAGGCACAUUUGAUGUAGAAGAAUUAAAUAAAAAGAUCCAUAGAUAUUAUAGAUAUGUUGGAUCUCUUACUACUCCACCAUGCACAGAAGGUGUCAUUUGGAACAUCAUUGGAAAGGUGAGAACAAUAUCCAAGAAACAACUUGAACUUUUAAAGGCACCAUUGAGUGAGGAUUUUUUCUACAAUGCAAGGCCACUUCAGCAACUGAAUGGCCGCAAAAUUGAGAUGUAUCACUAUCACCCUAACCAGAUAGAGGGGGCUCGGAAACCAUGA